GGGCGCUCGGGCGCGGGGACCGGCCGUGGGGCGCGCCCUCCCGGGAGGGGGCAGCGGGCGCAGGCAGCAGGACUUCACCGCCGACUCCAGCCCCGCUGGGUGCCCGGCCCUCUACCAUGGAACCCGUGACCAAGUGGAGCCCCAAACAAGUGGUGGACUGGACUAGAGGGCUGGAUGACUGCCUGCAACAGUACGUCCACAAGUUUGAACGAGAGAAGAUUAACGGAGAGCAGCUGCUACAGAUUUCCCACCAGGAUCUUGAGGAGCUGGGUGUCACACGCAUUGGACACCAGGAACUUGUGUUGGAGGCUGUCGACCUUCUCUGUGCACUGAAUUAUGGCCUUGAAACUGACAAUAUGAAGAACUUGGUUUUGAAACUGCGAGCGUCCUCCCACAAUUUACAGAAUUACAUAAGCAGCAGGAGGAAAAGUCCAGCUUACGAUGGGACCACCUCCCACAAGCCCCCCAAUGAGUUCCUGACUUCUGUAGUGGAACUCAUAGGUGCUGCCAAGGCCUUGUUAGCUUGGCUAGACAGGGCUCCAUUUACAGGGAUCACUGAUUUCUCAGUGACGAAGAAUAAAAUUAUUCAGCUUUGCUUGGACCUGACCACUACGGUCCAGAAGGAUUGCCUUGUAGCGGAAAUGGAGGAUAAAGUUUUGGCUGUAGUCAAGGUUUUAAAUGGCAUCUGCGACAAGACCAUCCGAUCUACCACAGAUCCUGUAAUGAGCCAGUGUGCGUGUCUGGAAGAAGUUCACCUACCAAACAUUAAACCUGGGGAAGGUUUGGGUAUGUACAUCAAAUCGACCUAUGAUGGAUUGCACGUGAUUACUGGAACCACAGAAAAUUCUCCUGCAGACAGAUCUCAGAAGAUUCAUGCUGGUGAUGAAGUCAUUCAGGUUAAUCAGCAAACUGUGGUGGGAUGGCAGCUAAAAAAUCUGGUGAGAAAGUUGAGAGAGAAUCCUACAGGAGUUGUGUUACUGCUUAAGAAGCGCCCCACGAGUUCCUUCAACUUCACUCCUGCCCCCCUGAAAAACCUACGGUGGAAGCCGCCCCUGGUGCAGACCUCGCCUCCCACCACGACCACCCAGUCCCCAGACAGCACGAUGGAUGCCUCACUGAAGAAGGAGAAGCCAGCCAUUCUGGAUCUUUAUAUUCCUCCUCCACCAGCUGUCCCCUACUCGCCCCGGGAAGAGAAUGGGGGUUCUGUUUACGGAUUCAGCAAAUGUAAACAGCCACAGCCUGGUCCGAAGGGUUCCGAGUCCCCCAAUUCCUUCCUGGACCAGGAAAGCCGGAGACGGAGAUUUACCAUCGCAGAUUCUGAUCAGCUGCCUGGCUAUUCCGUGGAAACUAAUAUUCUGCCCGCAAAAAUGAGAGAGAAAACGCCAUCUUAUGGCAAGCCCCGGCCUUUGUCGAUGCCUGCGGAUGCGAGCUGGAUGGGCAUUGUGGACCCUUUUGCUAGACCUCGAGGUCAUGGGAGGAAAAGUGAGGAUGCCCUCUGCCGGUAUUUCAGUAACGAGCGUAUCCCUCCCAUCCUCGAAGAAAGCUCCUCGCCCACGUACCGCUUCUCAAGGCCCGCGACCGAGAGGCAGCUGGUCCGAGGCGCAGACUACAUCCGAGGCAGCAGGUGCUACGUCAGUUCGGAUCUCCACAGCAGCGCCACGAUUCCGUUCCCGGAAGAAGGGACCAAAAAGAAAGCCGGCUCCUCGGCCGCCAAGUCUCCAGAACCGUCCCUGCUGGUCAGCUGGUUGACUCGCCUGAAACUGUUGACUCACUGAGCCCCGCGCUUCCUGGGGCUUCCCGGACUCCUGCUAACAAGUGCCUUGUUUCCCCGGUUGGCAGUCUUGUUCUGAUUUUCAUCCACAGUAUUAUGUAGCGGUCUUACGCGAUUUCGUGGGUUUCCUUUUUUUUUUUUUUUUUCGGAAAGUUGUAUACUGCACUUCUUGGAAUCUUGAAGUCAUUGGAUGGGAAUAAAUCCAGAGAAUCUUAGAUCAGAUGCUGACUUGUGGCGGCCAAAGGAGAGAAAUUGGGAGAGUCUGCCCCCCUGCCCCCACUUUUUUUUUUUUUUUUUUAGCUUCCUUAAGAGUCAGAACACAGAGACACACUCUCUAAAGCAGAGCCUUGGCCAGGAACGGUAUGAUCGUUACAGAGAACUGGGCCAGUGUUCGUUUUGAGGGUGGAACUACGAUUGGUGGCUGCUGUCACACAGAUGUGUUGGGUUUUGGUCCAAGUUCUUCACCUGAAAAAGCCAGUGGAGAAAAGUUUUGUUUUGAUUUUUCAAGCUAUAUAUACCACAUGUGUAGGUGUAGCAGCCUUGACCUUGAAGUAACACGUGGGCACCAUCUGAUGCUCUUUCAAAGCAGAGGUAUAAAUGUAGGCCUGUUACACUUGUUUAAUGCCAUUUGCAUAACAAUCAGUGUAGGUCAGUUAAUACAGAAACACGUGAAAACAUUUAGAUAGGGCUUACUACACACAAAGAAGUUUAUGGUUAUUUGUGAGGGGUGUCAUUGUUGAUGUUGUAUAUUACUGUUUUUAAGGGAAAAGAAGCUAUAAGACUUGCUGACAGCCAAAGUCUCAUUCAGAAAAAUGAAGCAAGCAUACUUAGGUUUAUGAGAGAGACAUCAGUUUGCAUUUUAACCUGUUCAGUGACUAUCUUCCAGAAAAGAAUGGAUGGUUCUUCAAAACUGUACACAUUUUGCUCAUUAGAAACCUCUUGGAAAAAUCUCACGGUCACUCAUUUUCAACUAGUAUAUGGUAUUUUGGAAAAGUGUGUCUGUGUAUUAACUCUUGUUUAAACUGAAUGUAUGAUACUUUGUUAGAAUGGAAAAGUACUAUCUUGUUAAUUUAAGUGUUUUAAAUAUAGUUGUAUAUUUUUCUUACUCUUAGUCACAUAUAAUUGGUAUAUUUCUGUUUUGUGUCCUACAUGAAGCUAAUGAAAAAGUGUUCAAGAUGUUUUCAGGUUUACCAGUGACCACCAUGGCUGUUGCCACUGUGGGCACUAUUGUUAAAAAAGAAAAAGAAUAAACCCUCUGAAGCAAUUUUAGAAUUUUAUGGAUUAGAAAUGGGGACCUUGAGUGGGCAUGUGUGAAGUUUACAUUCGGGGAAUUUUCUGAGCUGUACCCCUGGACAAAGCUGGUAUUUGUCUUGAAUUGUCUACUUUGCUGAACUGCCUGAAAUCGGAGAUUCCUUGGAGUUAGCAAACAUCUUCCUUUUAAAAUGCCUCUGUGUGAUUGAGGGAGUUGGUGAACUUCAGGGCACUGGCAACCACUUGUGUAUUUGUGUGAAUGAAUUCAGUCAGGCUGUUUUGGUGUCAGCCAACCCCCAAAGGAACUGCAGUGAAGAUACAGUUGUUUCAUGGAAGUGACAAGGGGUUUGGCAAAUGGAGGGAAGAAGAGGCUUGGAAUGUGUGACUCACUGGGUGCUUGACAACACAGUAUAAGGGCAAAGCCAGGGCGGGGUGGUCUGCUAAUAGGGCACUGAUGACUAGGAGGACUAUGGAAAAGAGGGAGCACCAGGCUUGGCCUUUGUAUGUUGGCUUGGCUGGCUUUAAGCCCAGACAACAGGGGCAGGGGACAACUCUUCCUCUCACUCCUAAGCUUUAGGGGAGCUUUAGAUCCCCUGAGUUAUGAGUUCAAUGGCUGUGGAGGUCUUACCUGGAGGUCAGCCCCUUUGCUGUGGACUGAAUGCCCUUUGUGAUCAAAUGACUAUCCUCAAGUGAAUUUUCAGUGCCCAACUCAAGUAGCUGUACUAGAUUGGUGUUUCUCAGACUGUUCCCUGAAGUCCUGAGACGGGGACUUUCUAUCUCUACGUCUCUCUCCACCAAACUGAAUGUACCUGUUUUGUGGGGCUUAUAAUCAUUUUGUUUUUCCUCCCUGAAAAUAAAGCAGUAGCCUCCUGGCCUGAAGACCAUCAA